CGACUGUUUCUACCAAUCAUUGCGCCAUCAUGUAUCGGCCCACGAGCAAUCUUCCUUCGCAUCUGCGCCAAUCGUCGCUGUCAAGCUCGAACUCACAGUCGUCUGCCCUACAGCAGCGCAUCAAUGAGAAGCGCGCGGAACUGGAGAACCUCAAACAACUACGCGAACUCAGUGCUGGUCUGGCUGGUCAAAUGGAACAACUUGAGGAGAAGCUAUCUACUCUGUCUGAUGGUACCCAGGCCAUUGCGACCGUUCUUUCCAACUGGCAUACCGUGCUCAGGGCAAUUCAUAUGGCUUCCGCCCAUAUCGCGAAGCCUGCCCGUGAGACCAAUUCAGAAUCCGAGGCGCAACUUCCUCUGCCUCAAACGCUCGUCAGAAUACCCAUGACCCAUGUCGACCAAUCCGAAUCGACCGAAAACGAUGACGAAUCCAUUGUCAGAUGA